AUGGUUAUUGGAUACCUAAUAGCUGAACAAGUAGUAGGCAACACAGCAACUGAAAAGGUGAUUACUCCCACUAAAAUUCCAGAAGUGAUUAGUUUAUCGGUUGUGAAUUCAUCGAGAUUUUUAAUUAUCGGAACUAAGCCUGAAAUUCUUGAAUGGCUUCAUACUUAUUCACAUAUCAAGCUUGAAGUUACAUUAUUCAAUGACGAGAAUGAAGCACCACAUAUUCAUAUUCCAGAUGUUCUAAUAGAUCUUUUACCGACUUUUGAAAAAUCAGGCAAAUCUCUUAUUGAUUAUAUCAAUCCAAUUCAUCAUCCUAAUCCAGAAAAUGCAAUAGUACAACUGGAAUUUCGUCCGGUUAAUCAUAAAAUUGAUGAAAAUGUUGAACCAUAUUUUCGAGUUAUAGUGAAAAGAGGUUCUACUUUUGGAGAGAUUAUAGAUGAAAUUUCUGCUAAAUGGGAUUCAAUUGAUUAUCCUAGUAUUUGGGAUAAUGUUAAACAUAUUAUUCACGAUUUUAUUAAUGAAUUUGAAUCAUAA